AUGCGUGUCCUCGAGUUCGACUGCGGGUUCAGUGUCUACCCACCCCUCGACCCCAACGACCCCAACACCAUCGACCUCUACAAAGCCUUCCUCACCACCGUGUCUGCCAAAUUCGAAGGCAGCGUCGAACCGUCUGCUCUGAGCGCCGAUAAACGUAUCCUCAUCACCCCCGAAACCCCUCGUCCAGACCACGCCUCCAUCUCGCCCGCCAACGCAGCAGCAUUCUACUGCUUCAUGCUCCACGGACUGCCCAAGAUUCCCGCCGACGCUGCACACUGCGAUAAGUUCCUAGGCUUCAGCCUCUCUUUCAGACACAAUGAUGACUGGAGUAAGGAGACUGUCGAGGAAUACCUUAGGGAGGUGUAUGUCAUUGCUGUCAACCACUUUGGGGAUAGGGUCAGGUACUGGCAUGGGUUGUAUGGUAGAAGAUCCAAUAAGCAGUGGGGAUAUUACACUCGGGAUGAUAUAGAUGCGGCGGAGGAUCUGGUGAGGAAGGCUCUUGUCAGGAAGCCUGAUGGGAAGGAGCGUAAAGAUGGGCAUAUUAUUGCAUGA